CAAGAAUCUUGUGAUAUUAUUCGUUCGAAUUUAGUGACAUUUCCAUGUGACAUCAGCGAGAACAGUAACAUCACAUAUUUCGACCUCCAUUCAUCCUUCGAUACUUGUGCGGUCUCGAUUUUAACACUAUUUUCAAAUAAAUUUAAAUAUUUUUCCACUGGAAAAGCUCAAACUGGGCUUAUAAGUGUUUUACGCUUAGCUAGUAAGUGUAUCAUAAAUAAUUAUAAUUGAAAAUGGCGUUGAAAUCUACACCGGUACUGUUCGCAAUGAUCGGGCGCCUUUCGAGGCGUAGUUUUUCGACUUCAAAGGCUCUUUCGGCAAAGCCUAUGACCGUUCGUGAUGCCUUGAACCAGGCCAUUGACGAGGAGAUGGAACGGGACGAAAAAGUCUUUGUUUUGGGCGAAGAAGUUGCUCAAUAUGAUGGCGCAUACAAAGUUACUCGAGGCCUAUGGAAAAAGUAUGGAGACAAAAGAGUCCUGGAUACGCCCAUCACGGAGGCUGGCUUUGCUGGCCUGGCUGUGGGUGCUGCAUUUGCUGGCCUCAAACCCAUCUGCGAGUUCAUGACCUUUAACUUUUCCAUGCAGGCUAUUGAUCAUAUCAUCAACUCAGCCGCGAAAACGUUCUACAUGUCAGCGGGCAACGUGCCGGUGCCGAUCGUGUUCCGCGGGCCCAACGGCGCGGCGGCCGGCGUGGCCGCGCAGCACUCGCAGUGCUUCGGCGCGUGGUUCAGCCACUGCCCCGGCCUCAAGGUCGUCAUGCCGUACAGUGCCGAGGACGCUAAAGGUCUCCUGAAAGCCGCUAUUCGCGACCCCGACCCAGUUGUAGUACUAGAAGACGAGAUCUUGUAUGGUAUGCAGUUCCCCAUGUCUGACGAAGCACUGUCGCCAGAUUUUGUCUUACCAUUCGGCAAGGCUAAGAUUGAGCGUGAAGGAAGCCACAUUACGCUGGUGUGCGCCGGCAAAGCCACCGACACCGCGCUGCAGGCCGCCGCUGAGCUCGCCUCCAAAGGUGUGGAGUGCGAAGUGAUCAACCUGCGAUCCCUGCGGCCGCUGGACUUCGACACGAUCGCGCAGUCCGUCGCCAAGACGCACCACCUCGUCACCGUCGAGCAGGGCUGGCCACAAAGCGGCAUCGGCGCGGAGAUCUGCGCGCGCGUGAUGGAGUCGCCCACGUUCUUCGAGCUGGACGCGCCGGCGUGGCGCGUGACGGGCGCCGACGUGCCCAUGCCCUACACGCGCAGCCUCGAGCUGCUCGCGCUGCCCCGCCCCGACAGCGUCGUGGGCGCCGUGUCCGCCGUGCUGCAGAACAACCUCGAGCUGCUCGCGCUGCCCCGCCCCGACAGCGCCGUGGGCGCCGUGUCCGCCGUGCUGCAGAACAAGUGA